AUGAGUACCAGUGAUGAGGAAAAUAUUGACAUGGACUACCUCAUUUCUUUAGUUCAAGAACGGGAAGUACUGUGGGAUAAGUUUCAUGUGGAUUUUAAAAACAAUAAUUUAAAAGCGAAGGCAUGGGCAGAUGUUACAAAAAAUUUAUUUCCAGAAUAUGAUAGCUACGCUCCCGAUCGAAAGAACAAAAUUGGUAAUACUGUUGUGAAAAAGUGGAAAAAUGUCAAAGACACCUUUUUCAAACAUUUGAAAAAAAUUAAAGAAGCCUCGAGAUCCGGCUCAGCCGCUAAAAAGCUUGCAAAAUAUCAUUAUUACAAUCAGCUAUUAUUUUUAACCAAAAUAGCACAGAAUGCCACGGACGAUAGUUUAAACUUAGCUGAUGAAUCGACCAUGUGUUCUACAGAUGAUGUUCCUGUUCCUGGGCCGUCCCGCUAUGUUCCUGUCACCCGGAAGAGAACAUUACAAUUGGAUGAUUUUGAAAAAGAUACAUUAGAAGCAUUAAAAGCUCCUAAGGAGAAGGAGAAUCGCCACUUGUCCUUUUUUAAAGGCAUACUGCCAUCUAUAGAAGAUUUUACCGAACUUCAGACCCUGACUUUCCAAACAAAAGUUUUACAACUAAUCACGGAAAUGCGCUAUGGACAAUCGACUCCACAUUCGUCCUUUGCGUUUGAAGAGCAAUUAUCACACGGGUAUCAAACCCGAAAUUACCAAAGUACGGGUACGUACAGUUCAAUAAACUCAAAUUCUGCUGUAUUUCAAUCUCCAAAUCAAGGUUCUGAAGUGUCUCAAAAUAGCGAAGAGAUUGAAUAUGACUUUGCAAACAUGUAAGUGAUAAUAUUGCCCUGAAGUUGAUUUGAAAAUCUAUUAUAAUAUAUAAAACAAAGUCGUGUGUGUUACACCAUUUGUACUUAACUCGAAUAAAGCAAGUUGAAAAAAUAAAAGAUUUUCAUUACUUACCUCAAAGUGAUACCCAACAUUUCUAUUGGCUCCA